AUUUAGCUUUGUUGUAAUUCUGCGUCUGGACGCAGGGAGGUUAUGAGUCGCAGCGGCUGUUGAAAAUUAGGCUAAAGCCGUUAAACUCUCAUUGCAGCGUACAGUGGCGACGUGGAAAGUUUACCCAUAGCAUUUCAAUGAAAUAAACAGCCUUUCUGGGUUGCGGUUGUUUUUCAAACGACACACUUGCUAUAUCUUAUAGAGUAGUGCGUUUUAAAGUGACAGUCCCAUGCAGCUGCCUUUCAGCCGAAAGUAUUUCUGGAGAAAGUUUGGAAAUGCAUAGCGAACGUUGCAGCUAGCUUACUAUCUAUCAGACGCUGCCUGAAGCCCGUGCGCCAUGGACGGAGCAAUUGUGAUCAUUUUGAUUUCAGUGGCUAUGUUUGUCGGUUGCUUUCUUUUAGGGCUUAUUCCACUCAUGUUCAAACUGUCAGAGCAAAAGCUGCAGUAUGUCAGUGUGCUGGGAGCAGGACUGCUGUGCGGAACAGCCCUGGCCAUCAUCAUUCCAGAGGGGGUAGAACUUUUGGAAAACUCCUGGAGGGGCCCUGUCCCUCCCUGCUCCAGCGGGGGGGGCAGAGAGAACAGCAGUGGGGGCACUCCCCCCCCCGCGCUGCCCGCCACGCAAGGCCUGCCACCCCACUUCUUCAUCGGGGUGUCCCUGGUGGUGGGCUUCACACUCAUGUUCGUGGUGGACCAGAUAGGGAGCUACCUCUCCAUCCAUGACCCCCGGACGGGCGUGUCCUCCAGCACCAGCAUCACGGCCACGCUGGGCCUGGUCAUUCACGCGGCCGCUGACGGUGUGGCUCUCGGGGCGGCUGUGGCCUCGUCGCAGGUCUCUGUUCAGGUCAUCGUCUUCCUCGCCGUAAUCCUGCACAAGGCUCCUGCCGCACUCGGUCUGGUCUCUUUCCUGAUGCACUCGGGCCUGGAGAAGAGGCAGAUUCAGAAGCAUCUCCUGGCCUUCUCAGUCGCAGCGCCCCUACUGGCCAUCAGCACUUACUUCAUCCUGAUCGCGACCGGCGGCUCCUCCCAGUCCCGCCUGAGCGCCACGGGAAUCGGCAUGCUGUUCUCCGCCGGCACGUUCCUCUACGUGGCCACCGUGCACGUGCUACCAGAGAUCAGCAGCAGGGGGCAGCAGCAGCAGCAGGCCUCCUCGCACCUUCACCACCAUGCAGGCGCAGCCUCCUACCAGCAGGGGGGGCUGGGAGUCCUGGAGAGCCUGACGCUCAUUAUCGGGACGGCUCUGCCCGUCCUCCUGGCGCUCGUGCUUCAUGACAACUGAACUGCGGCGGAACCCCUCCGCUGGCCGACCGUCGACAGAGCGACCGCGUGUCUGCGUCACCCUCCCUUCUCUGCGCGGUGGUGCGACCCUGUCAGAUCGAGUCACACGAAAGGAACGCCAGCUAAAAAAUGCUGAGAAAGAACAACUGGCUCUUCUCUGUCAAAAUUGAAUGUCUACCGAGUAUACAUGAUUUCCAAGGGAAGUUUACACAAUGUAUCUGAAUACAGAGUUCAAUGCAGUAACUGUAAAAAAAAAAAUAUGAAAAGUUUAAAUGGUCAUGAAAAUCAGUAGUGAAAAGACCAGUAAAACACGCAAUCCAUGCUGUGAUUGCAUAUUCUUGACUGGGUGUCCAAUUUGUAUAUUUGUAAUAGUAUUGUAGAAAAUCUAUUUUAUUAAUAUAAUGUUUUGUGUUCAUAUUGUUUCUUGUUCUUUUAAGGUUUUGAGAGGAUUCAUUGUUGCCUUCACAAGCCCAAUAUAAACUGAUUUCAGCUGUCACAGCAUUUUUGCCUUAUUUUUCUCCAUUUACACCUUGAUUUGACUGCUAGCUACUUCAUCCUAAUGGUUGAUAUGAACAGCAGUUUUUCUAUUACGGUCUGUGCGUGUUUGAUGCCGUGUGAAGGCACUGUGAAUUGAAAUAUUUUGCACUACUAUGCAAAGAAGGUAUAAGCAUUAUCUUUUUAUCAUGGAAUAUGUCUAAUAAUCUGUCAGACUUCACAGGAAAUGUGCAUGCACAUGGUUUUAUGGUACUGCAGUACUAGAACUAAAACUGUGAUUAGAUGUUAUUUUUGUAAAUCUGAUCAAAUGCCUUGAUAAUAAUAUAUUAUAAACUUAUGUUCUGGUAUAGGAUGUCCAAACCUGGACAGGAAGUCAUAUAUUGAAUAAAUGUUUACUUAAGAGAC